AUGCUGCCGCUCUUUGGCACCUCGACGGGCGAUGCAGGGCUCGAGGCGCAGCAGCUGGCCUCGGCCGCCUUCGCCUUCCCCUACGCGGCCGCCUAUCCGAUGCAGAUCGACCUCAUGCGCGCCAUCUUCCGCGCCAUCGAGGCCGGACAGGUGGGCGUAUUUGAGAGUCCCACGGGCACGGGCAAGUCGCUCAGCCUCAUCUGUGCUGCCUUCUCCUGGCUGCGGCUCAACAAGGCCCGCGCAAGCGAGGGCCUGGCGUCUGGCGCGGCAGAUGCAGAGGGUGAGCACAUGACAGGCCAGCCCGACUGGGUCGUCGCGCACGACAAUGAGAAGCGCAGACAGGCGCUGCUGCGCUACGAGACGGAGCUCAAGGAGCGCAUUGCCCGCGCUCGCGAGGCGCAGGCGCGCGAGAAGAAACGUGCGGCGGCGCAGGCCAAGAAGAGCGAGGGCAGCUGGAAGAAGAAGGCUCGCAGCGAGCGCACGGGCGACGACGACGGCGACUCGGACGCCUUUCUGGCCUCUGACUACUCCGACUCCGAGGGCGGGCCUUCUCGCAUGCGCACCGCGCCGGCAGACGACUCUGCCUUUCUCUCCGCCGAGGUGCGCGCCCUGAUGGCCGAGUUCGAGGCGCGCGUGACGAAUGCGGGAGCGCCUCGCGCGCGCAUGCGCUGGGGUCCCGGCGCCGAGGGCGAGGAUGAAGAGCCCGAGACGACGCCGCGCAUCUUCUACGUCAGCCGCACGCACAGCCAGCUGGCGCAGUUCGUCGCCGAGCUGCGCAAGACGCGCUUCGGAAAGACACUGCACAUCGUCGAUGGAGCAGCUGGCGCGCACGACGAGCCGGCGAGAAGCAUCAGCCUCGGCAGCAGGAAGCAGAUGUGCAUCAACAGCGAGGUGCAGCGCGUCGCCGCGCGUGCAGGCGCAGAGGCGAUGAAUGAACGCUGCAGAGAGCUGGCCAAGGGCGGAGACAAGGGCAAGAAGCGCUGCGAGUACUUGCCCAAGCAGGACGAUGCGGGGAAAGCGCAGAUGCUCGACUAUCGCGACCGCGCACUGGCACAAGUGCAGGACAUGGAAGAUCUGGUUGCCUUGGGGCGCGAGCUGCACACCUGCCCGUACUAUGCCGCACGCACGAGUGCUCGGCAAGCCGAGCUCGUCACGCUGCCGUACAAUCUUCUGCUGCAGCCUUCCGCGCGGGAGAGUCUCAACAUCAGUCUGGCGGGCAGCAUUGUGAUUGUCGACGAGGCGCACAAUCUCAUCGACACCAUCCUCUCGGUCCACAGCCUCGGCAUCACCUCGCGCCAGGUCGCGCAGGCGCGCGAGCAGAUCCAGGAGUACCUGCGGCGCUUCUCGGGGCGCCUCAAGGGCAGCAACGAGGUGAACCUGCGCCUGCUGCUGCAGAUUCUCGACGGCCUCGCGACGUUCUCGAAGAAGUGGGCCGCGAAGCAUGCCGCGACGCAGAGCAGUGGCAAGGGCAAAGGCAGGGCGGCAGAGGAGAUCUUGACGGCCGCCCGGCUGAUCAAGGAGAUGGGCGGCACGCUCGACCAGAUCAACCUCGUGAAGCUGGAGCGCUACCUCAAAGACAGCCAGAUUGCACGCAAGGUGCGUCGGCCCUCGUCUCUCUCUCCCCCCCUCUCUCUCUCUCUGUUCUGCGCUCACGCCUACCAACAGGUCAGCGGCUAUGCCGACAAGCGCCAAGCGCGCGAGGCGCGAGAGCGCCAGCUGGCCGAGGGAGGCGACGAUGCGGAGGCGCGCUUCACGCCCAGUGCCAUCUCUGCCAUGCACGCCAUCGAGGCCUUCAUCCUCUCGCUCGCCAAUCGCACCGACGAUGGCCGCGUGCUCCUGAACGAUGAGACGCCGCUCGUCUCGCUCAAGUAUCAGCUGCUGAACCCCUCUGAGGCCUUCCGGCCGAUUGUCGACGAAGCACGGGCCGUCAUUCUGGCCGGCGGCACGAUGGAGCCGAUUUCGGACUUCCGCAGGCAGCUCUUGCCGGGCUUAGAGCAGCGCUUUGCGACAUUCAGCUGCGGCCACAUCAUCCCGCCGUCGAAUCUGCUCGCGACGGUGGUGCAGGCAGGGCCCAAGGGCGUGCCCUUUGAGUUCAAGUUCGGCAAUCGCGACGACAGUGCCUUGCUCGACGAGCUGGCCACGUGCCUCGUCAACUUGGCCAACGUCGUGCCGCACGGCAUCGUCGUCUUUCUGCCCUCGUACGCCUUUCUCGCCGGCGCGGCGGCGCGCUGGCAGGCGUCGGGCGCCCUGGCGCGCCUCGGCAGCAAGAAGAAGGUCUUCUUCGAGCCCAAGAACGCCGCAGACGUCGACGGCGUGCUGGCCGAAUACACGCUCGCGAUCGAUGCGCCUCCUG